AUGGGGGGCAUAUGCGUGUUAAGCACUACAGUGGAUUUUGCAGCGGGAGCGUUGUGCAUUGCGUGCGGGGAUGGGGGGAAGGUCAAUGGGCUUAGCUGCGUGUUGAACACUGCAUUGGAUGUGGCAGCUGCAGGGCUGUGCAUAGAGUGGGGGUGGGGGGGGAUUAAAGCGCGGGUAUUUAGUGGUGGGUUUGAGGAAGCGAUGCGCUGGUUAUCGGUUGUGAUUAAGAAGGAGUCCAAGUGGUAUGUUGGGAGAUGGUUAGAAGGAUUUGAGUGGCCGAUAUUUGAUGGAGUGGAUGCCUUUGCAUACGGCAAGACGGGCAGCUAA